AUGGCUGUGAAAACUACCCAAUUCGAUGAAGCCAAUCUUCAAACCCUGUCAAGGACAGGGACGAACCUGCGUCGGGAGUUGACGAGGUCGGAGAUGCAAGAUCUCGAAGUCAUCGCCUCCGCAGGCGCAUCCUUCCGACCAGGAGACAUCCCCCCUCCCCCAGACGGCGGCCUCGAAGCAUGGACACAAGUAGCAAUGGGCUGGAUCGUCAUCUUCGCAACAUGGGGCUACGUAAACUCCUUCGGAAGCUUCCAAGCCCACUACACCUCGGUUCUUCCUCAGACGCCUUUCCAGAUCUCGUGGAUCGGCUCUAUCCAGGUCUGGUUCACCUUCUUCGGCAGCGCCUUUUCCGGACGCUUGCUAGACGCAGGGUUCUGGGUCCCUACGUUCCUCGUUGGCUCGACCUUGCAGCUGAUCGGUAUCUUCACAAUGAGCCUUUCGACUACGUAUUGGCAUUUGAUGAUCACCCAGGGCGUUGUCACUGGCAUUGGCGGUGGCAUCAUCUUUGCGCCUUCGCUCGCUUUGGUAGCGACGUACUUUGAGAAGCGUAGAGGAAUUGCCAUCGGUCUUGUCACCACUGGGAAUUCUCUCGGCGGUACUGUGUAUCCUCUCGUUGUUCGAACGCUGUUACCUGCAAUUGGAAUGCCGUGGACGGCGCGGGUGCUGGGGUUUAUCAACCUUGCCGGAUUUGCACUUGUGGCUGUGUUUAUGAGACCGAGACUUCCUCCAAGACACACAGGUCCUAUCAUCGACUGGACGGCGUUUAAGGACACGCUAUAUGUGUGUUAUGUCAGCGGUCUAUUCUUCUUCGUGUGGUCUGUCUACUACACCUUUUACUACCUCGCUUCUUUCGGACAAGAAGAAGUCCGCAUGUCCUUUGCCGACUCAUCCCUCCUCACCACCAUAAUCAACGCCGUUGGUCUUCCAGUCCGAGUGUUGAUUCCCUUCGUAGCCGACAGGAUCGGUCCGUUGAACACCAUCGCACCAGCCGGUCUUUUUGUAGCCAUCGUGGCGUAUACUUGGCUUGCUGUGCACAACGUUGCCGGCGUUUACGUCUUUUCCAUCUUUUACGGCAUUGCAUCAGGGGCUUUCCAGAGUCUUAUGCCGACGGGAGUUGCUAGUAUCACCACGAGACUUGAUACCAUCGGCACGAGAAUGGGCAUGUGCUUCAGUUUGAUUUCGUUUGCGGGUCUGUCGGGACCGCCUAUCGGGGGGCUUCUGCAGUCCCAGAGUCUUGUUGGGGCGCAUGUCUGGGCUGCUCUUUCGAGCUCAUUGGCAGCUGUGCUGUUGGUUCUCGCAAGAGUUUUGAAGGUGGGAUGGAAGGUGAAAAUCAGGUGUUAG